UGCCACGUGCUGAUUCCGUAGUACUGUCUAAAUGCACAUGAUUUCGUAUCGAUAAAGGAAAUCAAGUUCGCGUCGCGUCUACUGUAACAUCAAAGAUUAAAGAAAAAAGAAGGGUCAGCACCGAGCACAUGAUUAAGAAACUCCCACUCUAAGCUACUACUAUACUACGAGAGUGCAUGGAAAAUAGAAAUAUAUAACUUCUGGGCACCCGAAACAAGAAAAGAGAAAAAACAUCACCAAAAUGACAAUGAUGGGAAACACAUUGUUAACGUUGUUAUUGCUAUCCUCAGUUUUCUCAAUAGCCUCAUCAAGAAGAUCAAGACAUUCCAACAGCAACAUAGAUUGGUGGUGCAACCAAACCCCACACCCCGAGCCAUGCAAAUACUACAUGAUGAAACAAAGCUACUACCACCAUCACAAACUCAAACACAAAUCCGAAUUCCGCAAAAUUCUGAUCCACUUGGCCUUGGAGAGAGUAGUGAUCAUGCGAAGGCAAGCACGUGAGUUAGGGCAAAACAGGAUCACCAAGAAGCAGAAAUCAGUGUUCCGUGAUUGUUUGAAGCUCUAUGACAACACCAUCUUCCAUCUAAACCGUACCCUUCAAGGCCUUCACGUUAAGAAGAGUUGUUCACCCUUCGAUGCACAAACGUGGCUCAGCACAGCUAGCACAAACAUCGACACAUGUCAACACGGGGCCUUAGAGCUUGGCAUUCGAGAUUUCAUCUUUCCAAGUGAGAGAUUCAACGUGACGGAGAUUAUAAGCAAUAGCUUAUACGUGAAUUGGGCUUUCCUGAAACACGAAAAGGUUCGUUACACAGCAGAUGCAGAUGAUGGUGAUGCUUUUCCAAGGUGGUUUUCAUUGCAUGAGAGGAGGCUUUUGUUGUCUUCUAAAAUUAGGGCACAUCUUGUUGUGGCCAAAGAUGGUUCUGGACACUUCAGGAGUGUUCAAGCUGCUAUCAAUGCCGCGGCUAGGAGAAGGUUCAAGAGCAGGUUUAUUAUACAUGUUAAGAAAGGAGUUUAUAGAGAGAAUAUUGAGGUUGACAAGACCAACGACAAUGUAAUGUUGGUUGGUGAUGGCAUCAGGAAUACCAUAAUAACAAGUGGCAGAAGCGUUCAAGAUGGUUAUACCACCUAUAGCUCCGCAACAGCAGGAAUUGAUGGUGUUCAUUUCAUUGCACGUGACAUUACCUUCAGAAACACUGCGGGUCCUCGCAGGGGUCAAGCUGUGGCACUUCGAUCAGCCUCUGAUCUCUCUGUGUUCUAUCGGUGUUCCAUCGAAGGGUACCAAGACACUCUCAUGGUCCAUGCACAACGACAAUUCUACAGAGGAUGUUACAUCUAUGGCACCGUUGACUUCAUUUUCGGCAACGCCGCUGUUGUUUUUCAAAACUGUAUCAUUCUCGUAAGAAGGCCCUUAAAUGGCCAAGCAAACAUGAUCACGGCCCAAGGCCGAGAUGACCCAUUUCAAAACACUGGGUUUUCGAUUCACAACUCUCAGAUCAGGGCCGCCCCGGACUUCAGGCCCGUUUCUGGCAUGUUCAACACCUUCUUGGGCCGCCCUUGGCAGCGGUACUCGAGAGUUGUGGUCAUGAAAACUUUCUUGGAUAACUUAGUGAGCCCAAUGGGCUGGUCUCCGUGGGGCAACACGAAUUUUGCUUUGAACACUCUCUAUUAUGGAGAGUACAGAAACUUUGGGCCGGGGUCAUCCACAAGGAACAGGGUUCGAUGGCCCGGUUUUCAUUCUAUAACAAGCCCAAGUGAGGCAUCAAGUUUCACCGUUGCGAACCUUCUUGCUGGGCGCACAUGGUUGCCUGCUACUGGUGUGCCAUUCACUUCUGGCCUUUAGUCAUUGUCUUGCGCUAAGCUCAAUUAAGUUGAUGACAUUCAAUUCGUUGGAAUUAAGUGUCUACAAACAACACCAUAUUCUUUUGUA